GUGCUUUUAUUACGGACGCAUGUUGUAUGAUUAUAAAGCUGCGAUUAAAAGCAAUAGUGUUUUCUGCAUGUGUUGGAGCACGUCAAUUAUUUAUGUCAAGAUUUAAUCAAAAUUUUCCUAUUCAAAAUUUUGACUCGCGGGCACCUUCAUGACGAAUCGACGUCAGUCCGUCAAACGCAUGAGGGAUAUUUAAAUGGAUUUCGUUGUCAACGCGUCGCGCGGAAUCGGUUUUUUUCACCUUUAACGCUACGAAUUGAAUCAAACAUCGUCGAGUGUCAAGCGUUUAAAUUUCCGUUGAAAACGGCUGAUCGAUUCCUCGACAAUUCCCGAAAUGCUACUUUGAGAUUUUCUGAUUUUGGAUGAUAGAAUAACAUUGCGAGGUUAGCAAUGAAUAACGUCGGCGACAUAACUUUGGCCCUGGAAAUACACCAGAGGCUGAACAACAACGUCGGCGUCACGGAGAACGCGAUUCUCCCAAAAAAUGCGCAGGGAAAGGAGUACAUUCCUAGAACUAUGGUAGAUCACACUCUGGAGCUGAUCGAUCCAACUCCGAAUAUUUAUACGUUGUUUGUACAGUUCAAUACAAGAUAUUUCUGGAAUAAGCUGUUGCCUGUUGAGGUUAAAUGGAGCAAAAGAAUGACGACAUGCGCCGGUGUGUGUUCGUUUCACCCACGAAAUAAACAGUGUAUAAUUACAUUGAGUGCACCUCUUCUCAAAUUACGGCCCAGGAAAGACCUUGUUGAAACACUUCUGCACGAAAUGAUUCACGGAUAUUUAUUUCUCACAAACAAUAACAGGGACAGGGAUGGUCAUGGUCCAGAGUUCCACAAACACAUGUACCGGAUAAACAAGGAGGCUGGAACAGACAUAAGCGUAUAUCAUGAUUUUCACGAUGAGGUGAGACUAUAUCAACAGCAUUGGUGGCGCUGCAAUGGUCCCUGCCAAAAACGGGCCCCGUAUUUUGGUACUGUGAGGCGUGCAAUGAAUCGAGCCCCUGGGCCAAACGAUAACUGGUGGAAAAUGCACCAGCAGACAUGUGGCGGACAAUUUAUAAAGGUUAAAGAGCCUCAGAAAGAACCAGCAAAGGGAAAAAAGUCUGCUGGAAAGAAACUUCCCGAUAUUGUAAAAUCGAAAGAUAUCUCAGAUUGGCUUACCAAACCUGACAAUCCCAAAAACCAUACACCUCUGAAGACAGUUGCACCGCCAAAGAAAUCAACGAAUGAUCAUAUCGUUUCUAAAACUGUUGGCAAGGCUGUCCCAUCAUCAAGUCAUCCCUCUACAUUUACGAAACUUGGGAAUACUUCCAACAAUAUUCACGGAUGGGGCACAGGAGGUCCGAGCAAUUUGGUAAAUGCUCCAACGACCUCAAAUGCUAGUACCAAGACUCCGAAAUUUCGUUCAAACGGAGUUCUCGGCGGUUCUGGAUGUGGAAAAAGCAAUCUGCUGGAUAAGUUUCCUUCUUCAAAGGCGUUCGAAUCAAAAAAACCCACGAUUAUAAAACCUGAAUUAAAGAAUGGUAAUGGUAUUGCAAUGAACAGUGAGAUAGUUGAUUUGUGUGAAACGCCAAACAAACGAAAAAGUACCAGUCUUGUUAUGACUAGCAACAAAAUGCCAAAGAUAGAUGGUGAAAAAGUUCCGGAGAAAACAAAGUGUCCUGUGUGCGAUAAACCUGUGAGCAUGUCCAAGCUUAACGAUCAUCUUGACGAAUGUUUAAUAUCUGCCUCAGCUAGCGAUCGAAAUCACAGUACUCCAAAAUCGUUCAAAAAUAGAAAUAACAAUCUGGAUGACUCGUCUCAUGCUAGUAAAAUAAAUAUAGAAUCUAGUCCUAUUGUUAUAGACGACUCAAGUGGUUCAGACAUCCUUCUGAGCCCGCCAAUCGUUGAUGGCAAACGAAAGUGUCUCGUUUGCGACGAUUUUAUUGAUCCAGGUGUGACGUUGAGCGAUCAUCUGGAAGCAUGCAUUGGAUCUGCCUUCACAGAUGAUUCCAUUCCUGAAUUUGAAGAAAACGACGCCGAAAAUACAAAUGGUGACCAACCGAAAGAACAAAGUUUUCCAUGCCCCAUUUGUAUGAAGUUCAUUAAGGAAAAUAUUAUGAACCAACAUUUGGAUACCUGCCUUAGCAAAGACUUAUUGAAAAACUAUGCUGAAUAAAAUAUUAUAUUGGAUCAAGUACAGAGUCAGUACGAGUUUCUCCAAACGGAUAUCUAAAGCCUUGAAGUGUUCCUUUAGUGACGAUAAAAAUAAAUCUCAUAACUUAUAACUAUUAUUUCAUCUACUCGUGAUAAUUUAAUUUGUUUUUUUAAUUGACAUCUGUUUUAGUUAUGUUUUUUAUUGUACGUUAAGAUUUCUGUCUUUUUUUUGUGUGUAGCUUUAAUAUUCGAAUUAAUUUAAUUUAGUAGAAGGAUGGCAUAAAGUAUUAUAAUGAAUGAAAAUCAUUGGUUUGGUAACUCUUAAAAUAUACAGCUUCAAAUACUAUUGUU